CCCCACUGCCCAAUUACUUAUUUUCUGCUUUGCAAUUUACAAUUUAUUAAAAAAUAUAUAAAUAAUAAAUUAUGUAGAAAUUUGAAAACCCUCGAUUCUUCCCUAAAUUUGCCCAACUUUCCCUAGAAAAAUAAACAAAAAUAAUUAAAAAAUAUUGAUCCAAUCUGUUCCUUCAAUACCCAGGAAUGGCGAGCGGUUUUGGGGAAUCAACAAGCAGACCACCCCCAAGUCCGCCUUGCUCGGGUAGUACUGAUAAUGCUAACGAUGCCGGUGGUUUUGAAUGCAAUAUCUGCUUCGAGUUAGCUCAAGACCCGAUCGUCACUCUUUGCGGUCACCUCUUUUGUUGGCCGUGUCUAUACAGAUGGUUACACCAUCAUUGUCAUUGCCAUGAAUGCCCUGUUUGCAAAGCCCUCAUACAAGAGGAAAAACUCGUUCCACUUUACGGUAGGGGCAAAAACCAUACUGAUCCACGUUCAAAAUUGUAUCCCGGCAUGGAAAUCCCUAACCGUCCCACAGGGCAAAGACCAGCAACCGCUCCUCCUCCUCCCCCAGAAGCCAAUCCAUUUGGCAAUUACGGGUUUGGACUAAUGGGAGGUUUUGUUCCAAUGGCAACCACCAGGAUCGGUAACUUCACAAUGGGAUUUGGAGGCUUAUUGCCAUCAUUGUUUAACAUCCAGUCCCAUGGAUUCCCAGAUGCUACUGUGUACGGAACAACUUCGGGGUUCCCUUUUGGGUACAAUACGGUUCAUGGCGGUCAUCCUCAUUGGUUUCCCCAGCCGCCAACCACUCGAGGACAGCAAGCAGAUAAUGUGUUGAAGAAUCUUCUUUUAUUGAUUGGGGUCUUCGUAGUCCUUGCUCUGCUAUAUUGGUGAAAUAGGUAUAACCGCUUAAGCUCAGACAAAGCUUAGUUAUUUAGUGUCUGUAUAUAUAUGCUUAUAGCCGAAUCGACGAUUCUGUUUUAGCUCGAGAAGAAGUUGUCAAUAUAAUACUUUGCCAUUUGUAGCUUCAGGAACAACUUACACUCGUCUUAAUUCGUUCUUUUCAAAAUAAAAAAAGGAAUUAGCUCGUUUCCCCCCUAUACAUAGAAA